CCUAUUGAAGGAGAAUUUAGUGGUUUUGUACGUGGUAGAACUCUUCCCAACUUUGGAAUAUGGAACGAUUUCUCUCCCUCCGCUAUUUGUAAAUCAAUGAAAGGUGAUGAGCAAUUUCGACCAAAUCCCUCAAUUUCUACAUCUACAAAUCUAAAUUCAAAAUGGAUAAUUCCAAUACCAUCAACAAAUCAGAACGAUAACUUCCAAAACGAAAUAGCUGAACUAAACAGGUUGACAAAGAAUAAUAUCAAAGAAGAGCUAGAAAGAAGAUCUCUAUUUUAUGAUGAAAAAGAAAAUCGGCAAGAGUUAAUUGCAAUUUUGAGAGAAAAUAUUGCAUGUGAGACAAAAAAUAAAAUAGCAGAGGCAAGAAAGGCAAUUGAUACAAUGGAAAAUAAGGAAAAUAAUAACAUUACAGA